AUGAGUGCCAACCCCGCACAAGUCCCUCGGACCGACCAAUCGUCAUCGAUGGACCCUAACCCUCUUCCUUUCCCUGCUCAGACCUCUUCCUCGACUCACGCUGAUUCGAGGUCAGAGCUCAGUCCAAAGGUCAACUCAUCACAACCUUCUGCUACCCUCGGUCAGAAUUCUAACAUAAUUGACCCCACUUCGAAUUGCAACCUUGGUCAGCAACCCUACGAGGGAAAUCGUUCUUCGAUGCCUGAAGCCGGUCCAAGCUCACGACCUUCUGCCCUAUUCACGACGAAUGGAAAAUCGUCUACAUCACCCCGCGCAGGGACCAAGCAGAAACCUAUAGUAGUAGAGGAAAAGGAAGAAGGGGAAAUCAGUGAUGACGAAGUGGUCGAGAUUAAUGCUAUACCUGAACCAAGGAGAUCGGUGUCACAGCAACCAGCUCCUCCACCGUCGACAGUCUUUCCCCGUCCCGUUAUACCUCCGUCUCCCCCGCAGCGGGCGAUACAACCACAUCCUCGCAGACAAGAUUUACAGAAUCGCAUAGCACCACCGUUCACUCCCCCAAAUACCCACAAUCGUCCCUUGAGCAAAACCCAAAGGAAGAAGAUGGAGAGACGAGCUAAGGCUGAGAUGAACGCUCAGAGAAGACAGUAUUCACCGUACAAUCAAACUCCAUAUCGCCAGUACGAUCAACAAUCAGCAUCAUCAUCUCCUUCAUCGAUACUCCCAAAUAUCGCACCGCCUGCGGUUCAAGGUAAAGGGAAAGGGAAGGAAAAGGAGAGGGAAGAGGAGGAAGCAGAAGUAUCUUUGGAGUUGAACGAUACCGUUGCUCCAGCAGCCGCUAACAUGUCACCUGAAGAAGUCGAACAAUAUAUCGAUAUCAUUCGUAACCUGAUUUCCGAGGGUGUCUCGCCAGACACUUUGGUUCAACGUGGUGCUUCUCCCGAAUACGUCAUGAAAGUCUGUCAAGAGAUAGUCGAUGGUACCAAGAAAAGAAAAGCUUUAUGGCUAGAAAUGAGAGAACAACCCAGAGCAGAUAGUGAAGCUCCAUCGCUGCCCCCUCCAGAUCCUGAAAAUAAAUCACCUAGUCCUGAGGUGGAAGUGGUAACAGUGAAUCAGAGCGGAAUACCAGGGUUGGAAAGGGUCAAAAGUGACGAUUCAAAUGAUUCUAACCUUCAUAAUCCCAUAGAAAGAAUGAACAAAACCCAAAAUGGAAACGCACCCACAGCAACAUUCAAGCCCACUCAACCCGUUAGAAUCGAAAGCUAUAAACCUGGUCAACCAUCAAGACCUCCCUCACAACCUUUCUCUUACUCCAGCAUCCCUACUGAGCCUACGCAUCGAUCAAAGAAGAAACAGAGAGACGGUAUAUUGGCAGUUGGAUCGGAUGUCAUUCUCAACUAUGACGAUGCAGCAACUCACCCUGCUCAACCAUCUCAGCCCAAACUUCUUCCAUCGGCAGCAAGACUGGGUACAUCCAAUCCAUUCUCUGUUCUCGAUACUAUCCCACUUACCCCGCCAUUCUCGCCACCUCCCAUCGUCAAAGCUAUGGUACAAGCAGAUGUCCCACCUGAACCUACAGCACCCCCGCCUCCCGCCCCACCACCACUCACCGCUGAACAAACUCUUCAAAAUACCUUAUUAGAAAGCAGACGGAAAGCGAUGGAGAGUAUGCGACGUCGUCGGGCGGCUGUACCAAGACCGAUAUCAUCGACGCAGUCAAUCACAGAGGUUGAAGUCUCCGCAGAAUCCACAACUGUAGCCGAAGAUCAAGCUAUCGAAUUCCGAAGGUCGAUCGAAGAGCAAAUGGCAAGUAUCGAGAAGGAAGUCCUGGAAGCUGCUGCUGCCGCGAUCGAAGAUAAACCGAAUGAAUCUGAAGCUGAACUUGGGCCUGAACCCGACGAGGACGAAGAAGAACAGAUGGAUUUAGAUGAACCCGAAGAAGGUGAAAUUAUACCCCCUCUUAUUGAUUCAUCUAUCUCAGAACCGGUCAUUCCACCACUCAUUGGUUCAGCACCACUACCCAUUCGGCCACCACGAGGUAUCAAACGAAUGCAUGCUGAAGAUCUGAAUGAGAAUAAAGCUACCUCACUCCCUACACGAAGCUUACCUCCAGCCAAGCGUAAACCUUUCGGAGCAAAUCAACGUGCUCAGCGACUCUUACUCCAUCUGGAUGAUUCCGACUCUGACUCUUCGGAUGAUGAGGAUACGCCUACGUCAAACGUCAUUUUUACUCCUACUGGUGACGUCGAUAUCAUCGAGAGACAAAGGAUGUUAGAAGAGAAAGAGGCUAGUAUCAGAAAACUGAAAGAGCAGAUUGCAGCUCGAAUGGCAGCUAGGAGGAAGAAAGGAGACGAUACUCCUACGGGCUGUACGCCUAUGGAGAAGACUUCGAGUCAAGAUACUGCUUCGCAGGUAGUGCGAAAUGCUCUACAACCGGCUGAGGGAGAGAAUGGCAGUAUAUCACCUAUCCCCGCUGAUGUCCAGCAAUUGACUAAGGAGCUGGUCCAAGCCGAAGCUGAGGUCGAGGCUAUGGAUAUCGAUCCUGUACCUGAGUCUAUCAAGGGAGAAAAUCGCGAAAUGGCCUCUGAAGUCGAGCCUGUUGAUGAUAAGCGACGCCUUCGAUCAAUCUCACCCUCAGUCAUACAAACGAACGAUCAGAAGACAGUCCCCAAUGUACCUAGCCAAGCGUCGAUUUCUACAUUCACCGAUUAUCAACCUUUGUUAAAUCGGUACCCUCAACUCAACAACACGACCGUUGAUCCAUCGCUCUUGCCUUUUAUUCAAAUCGAUACCACAUCAUCACAGCACGAUUCGCCUCAUUUGAUCGAUACUGAGAGGCUUUUUGGCCAUAUUGAUCGACGAUUGCUAAACUCAAUCAUACUGACUCGACUUUUACAGGCCAACCCGUCUAUGGUAGCUUGUCAAGCUGAGAUGGGCGGUGGGACAUGCGCCGACAGGACAUGUAAAGAUCUGCAUCUGGAUAAAGGGAUCAUACCAACUGACGACGAUCUGGUGGAAUAUAUCGGUCAAGUUUUGUUAAGUCAAGGCGGUCAAUACAAUGAUAAUGUCAAGAUUAGAAAAGCCUUCAUCGAAGCUCAAGAGGAACUGCGAAGAAAUGGUCCUGUCAAUUUGGAGCCAGAUCAAGGAAUGAUAGCACUGAUGAAGAAAGUUGGGCAAAUCCUCGAGCACACUAUAUGA